AUGGAGAGCAUAAGCGAGAAAGAAAAAAAACUUGAACAUUUUUUCGCAGACAAAGUUCGUAAGGUAAUUGGUGACGAGGAGUUAAACAAACUAGGGAAAGAAGCCGAGGAAGAAAUUUAUAAACAAAUUGUGGCCAAUCCCAAUGGUAAUCAGCAACCAAAUCAAAAAGGACCAAAUCAGCAAGAUCCAAGUCAACAACCGAACCAAAAAAAUAAUAAUAAUUCCGCUAAAAUUACUCAAUUGCAGCAAGAAAUCAACGGUUUAAGACAAGAAAUCC